AUGUGUUGGCCGUUGCAGAACGAGGUGAUGGAGGAGGAUGACGAUGACGAGGAGGACGAUGAGGAGGAUGAGGACGGGCUCGACGAGGACGACGAGUGUCCCGAGUCGCAGCAGUCGUGCAACCUCAGCUGCCAGUGGGGCUUCCUCAUGGACUCGAGGGGCUGCGUGUUUUGCCAGUGCAGGCCGCGCCCCGACUGUCCGGCCAUCAUUGACUGCGACCUCGAGUGCCCGCAAGGCUUUACCAUGGACGAGCUCGGCUGCCCGACCUGCCGGUGCCUGGACAGCUGCCUGGACGAGCGCAACGUGACACAUCUCGAGGGAGCGCGCUGGCGCACCGACUACUGCCGUAGCUGUUCCUGCGAGCCCGGCGGCCGGAUCUUCUGCAACGAGACCAUCUGCGCGGUCGCCUGCGGCAAUCCCCUGCCACCGCCCCCGGGAAAAUGCUGUCCGAUCUGCCCCACCCCCUCGGUGUUGGAGCAAUGGCGAGGCUGGAGCACGCUGCCCAUCAUCCUAAUAGUCUCGCUGACCCUCCUUUGCAUUCUGCUGAUGGUCCACUUGGUGUGCGGGCGCUUUCGCGGCCGUCUGGUCCCCUCCGAGGCCGAAUUCAUGGGCUUUCCCCAUCACCAGCAGUACUACAAGUGCGUGCCCAUUUACGAGACGCACGUGCCGGUCCUGCAGCACGCCGAGAAGGUAGUACCCCUCUGAGAGGAUCUGACCCGUGUAGCAGCGACGACAACGACCGAAUCCCUUCCCAUCAGAGUAUGAAUUUUUCGUGUUGGACCGAUAGAGCCGCAAGGUUUUUAUUUAUUUACUUUACCCCCUUUUCCGUUGAUUUGUCACCAUUCAAACGCAUCGCUGCGAUGAAUGGCCUUUUUUUUUCACUCGAGAAAUUUCCGGGCUAAAGUUCGUGCCAUAUACAUAUACAAAGUUCGAGCAAAGUUAUUCCGAUCAAUUGUUACCCAACUCGAGAGAAGUGGAGUCAAGAGGGAGAACACGAAUAUUUUUACUGUGAUAGAAAUGCGUCGCCCUCUAGUAUCGGCCUCCGCCGCGUUCCCACCGAGUCCCCGCUCCUUUUUCCCUCUUUCUCUCGCUUAAGAGCUACAAGACAAAAGUUCGAUACCAGGAGUACAUGAAUAAUGAAA